AUGGCCAGAUCUACCACGUCGCUGAACGCGCCGCAUGGCUCCACCAGGUCCAAGAAUUCGAGCUCAGAUCGUGCGAGCUCUACGAAGUAUUGGUCACGUAGAAGGAUCUUACCUGUCAAACGCGAGGUGUGGCAGCAACUCGUCGCGAAACGACCCUCGUUCCUCAUCUUGGAUGAACGACUUCGCGGCCCAUCAGCCCCGACACUGCACUUCGGAUUGACGUAUACCAAAGACGAUAUAAUGCGCUGUGCGCUCAAGUGCGACUUGAUACCGACUACCCUUCACGAGGUACGGGAUGACGCGCAAGACGAGGCUCGCCGCAUCUACCUCGUCAUCGCGGCUGUCAGAGAGUACUUCGAACGCACACUGCGACUCCAGCUCUUUCACGUGGCCGCUUUUAUUCCAGGGCAGCUUGGGAUGUUUGCCCUUUACUCAAACCACACCAUCCGCAAACUACAUCGGCGCAAGGCAGAGAGACCGAUCUUGAACUUCAUGCGACAAGAACUGGGAAUCGAGCAGCAGAUGGCUGCCUGGUACUGGGACAUUCAGCAUGGAUCAAGUUAUGUUUGCGAAUACGACGAGUUCAACCUCUGA